CGUUGGACUGACACUACACAUCCUUCUCUCUCACACCACAAUCCCUAGGUCUGCCCGCACCGCACCGUCUCUCCUCGCGCUACUCGGGAUCCCCCUACCCCGAGCCCCGCGCCAGCUUUGACAGGCCAUUGCAAGGACCGAGCUCAGGCAACAACACGUACGCCGACCCGUUCAUCGCUAGCAGCAGCAGCAGCAACAUCAACAACAUUGGCGCGUCUGCGUCUUCCAUUCCUCUUCAUCGCUUGAGCGCAGACCAGCGAUCACCAUCAGCAGCAGCGUUGGAGAGUGCACCGUCCGACCCUUUCCUCAGCGGUCAGAGCCCGCAUUCUAGCUUUGACCAGCUACGGCGCAGCAGCAUGGGCUACUAUCCACAGAACGACCCCGCGGGCCUCUACCCGCCGAGUCCGUCCGGCCACCACUACGCCAAUGGCGCCGGCACGUCCUCGCCCGCUCCGGGAUCGCUCUACAACUACGGCUACGGCCAGCAUGCCCUGCCGUACGGGGGCAGCCCACUGGCAACCCCAACGGCCCCCGGCUCCAGCGUGGAGGACUUUUCGUACCGCAACGAGGCCGACACGUGGGGCGUACCGCAGUCUUCGUCAUCCGGCUCGCUCGCGCGAGAACGCUACCUCGCGCGCAAGGAGGCACAGGCGGCCGCUGCCAGCGAGAAAGCCGGUUUAUUCGGUGGCGGCGCCAAGGAGGGCGACGACUACGGCGAUCACAGUUACAGCUACGGUGCCCUUGGCGGGAAACGGGGCGGCGGUUCCAGGCGCAAGUGGUGGCUUAUCGGCGGCGGCGUCGUUCUGCUCGCUAUCGUCGGCGUCGUCAUCGGCAUUGUCGUGUCGCGCAAGAUCAGCAACAGUGCAAGCUCCAACGCCGGCGUCGAAGGUGUCGUCAAGCAAGCCGGCAGCGACCCGUCCAAUUUUGAAAAGGACAGUCGGCUGCACAACUCAUUCUUUGGCAUGUGCUACACGCCACUCAACUCGCAAUAUCCCGCCUGCGGCGACACGCUCGACGCGGUCAUCGAGGACGUGCAGCUGCUGAGCCAACUGACGACGCGCUUGCGGCUGUACGGCGCCGACUGCAACGUGACGGCGCUGACGCUCGAGGCGAUCCAGCGCACCAAGACCAACCUGACCAUCUUCCCCGCCAUCUGGAUCAACGGCGACGACACGAUCUACUCGCGUGGCGCCGACGCGAUCAUCAGUGCGCUGCAGACCUACGGCACGGACCACGUUGCGGGAAUCUCGGUCGGCAACGAGUACAUGCUCAACGGCGGCAACCUCACCUAUCUCGGCGCCAAGAUCGCAGACAUGCGCUCGCGCAUCGCCGCCCUGGGCCUAGGAAAGCCCAUCCCCGUUGGCACGGCCGACGCUGGCAGCAAGAUCACCGAGGCACUCGCGGCGACAUGCGACUACGUCAUGUCCAAUGUCCAUCCCUGGUUCGGUGGCGUCCCCGUCGACCAAGCUGCCGGCUGGACAUGGGACUACUUUAACACGAACACACCGGCCGUAGCGCUGAGCACGCCGAACAAGCCGGCCGUGUACAUUGCCGAGACCGGCUGGCCGACCGGCGCGAACGCGACGGCGUUCGAGACGUUCCAGGGCGCCAUUGCUGGCGUCGACGAGCUCAACACUUUCCUCUCCACCUUUGUUUGCCAGGCCAAUGCCAAUGGAACCACCGCCGACACUUUCUGGUUCGAAGCAUUUGACGAGCCGUGGAAGGACCCGUUGUACGGCGGCGUCGAGGCGCACUGGGGCCUGUUCAACUCGAACAAAACGCUCAAGAGCGGCGUCGUCAUUCCUAACUGCGCGCACUCCUGAGCGCCCAUAGCCACCCCUUUCCAUCUUUCGCUGUACGAGGAAGUAGCUCUGCGUUUGCACCUCCCCACUCCCCUUUCGUACUUUGCUGCUCAAUCGAUGGUCACUUUCCACACGGCCGGCUUGCGGCGCUUUCUCGUCUGCUCCACCUCAGUCGGGAACGUCUGGGCCACCGCUGGCUACACCUGGACGGCGCGGCCCAACUACUCGACUUCCCCGACGAUAGCCAGCUAGUCCGCAUGCCUCGCAAACGUUCCACACCCCUUUCCUCCUGGUGAGGGCAUCACGGCAGGGUGGGACACGGACACUCACAACCAUCGACACUACUCUUUUCGCGCCCUUGCGCUACUCCGCCGCGAUAUCGCCCUUUGAAAUAUCACUCCGCCUUCUGUGCACGGACAUUGUACGCUUUAAUGCAUGUACUGUAGUAAUGAUCACGUCUGGC